AUGGAUGGUUAUACUAUGCCUUCCACUCUUGUGGCCCCUACGAAUGAGAGUGAUGCUGCUGCUGAUGAUGAUGUUGAUUCUGAUGAUGAGGAUGAUGGCGAUGCUAGCUUACCAGCGAUGAUGAGAUACGGCAAGAGGAAAGGAGGAUUUUUGACCAAAACUGGGGUUGAUGUAGUGAUUGAGCAGUUGGGUGCCAUGGGAAAAGUGGUUACUUACCUGCAGAUUAAAAACAAAUGGGAUCAUUUGAGAAAAUGGUGGAAGCAGUAUAAUGAGUGUUUUGACAAUGAGACUGGGUUCAGUUAUGAUGCUGGAACUGGGAUGCUUAAGGCAUGUCCCAAUGCAAAAACCUUUAAAAAUAAAGGUUUGCCGAAUCGUGACUUCAUGAACAUCAUGUUUGGAGGCAUGGUUGCAACGUGGAAAAAUGCAUUUUACAUGAGUGGUCAAAUACCAAUAGCAACCACCGAAGGGUCUAGGGACUGUGCUGAUAGCACGAAAUUUGUUGACCCCCAAUGUGAACCCUUUGUGAAUGUUGACGCAAUGGAGGUUGAAGGUCCAUCAUCGUUGAGGGCAGGACCGGCAAUGAGUAAGGGGAAAGGCUUGGCAACCAGUGUCCACCUUUUCAAGCCAAUUUGCAAGAAAUCAAGAAAAAAAUGUUUAGUUGCUCAAGAGAUGUCUGACUCUUUGAAGAGUAUCUCAGAUGUUAUUGUUAAAAGUAGAAGUGUAAGUACCCGUACACCAUUUGCUUCCACAACAACUACUCAGGUUAAAGCAAUUCUGGACAUGGUGUUGAGUCUUCCUGGGGUGCACUUAGGUCAUUACCUUCAUCUGUUCAACACCCUCUACUUCAUGGAAAAAGAGCAGGGUAGGCACAUGUUUGCAGCACUUCGCGAUGACAAGGACGUCCAGCUGAAGUGGCUAGAAAAAGAGUACCAAAGGCACCCUGAAUUUCAUUUUCAGUGA